AGACGCUCGUUUCCUACCCGCAUACGCGGCCGCAGAGCCCUGCAUCCAAGCGUUCUCUGCAGGCAGAAGCUCACCGUCCAUCCGUGCGGCGGCUGCGCGAAGAGGGGCAGCCCAGGAUGGCGGGCCUGGCACAACACAUGCAGGGCACCAAUGGCGUCAUCAAAACCACGGGCGCCCACGCCGUCGUCAAAACGCUGAAAGCCUUUGGCGUCGACGUUAUUUUCGCGAACCCCGGCACGACGGAGAUGCCGUUAAUAUCAGCCCUCGACGACGUCGACGGCGCGCCGCGGUGCAUCUUGUGCGCGCACGAGACGGUUUGUUCCGGCGCCGCCGACGGGUAUGCUCGGAUGCUGCAGAAGCCCGCGUGCACGAUACUGCACCUCGGCGUGGGCCUCGCCAAUGCUUUAGCUAAUUUACAUAACGCGAAAAGGGCGUGCAGCCCCGUGCUGAACCUCGUGGGCACGAUGGCCGCGUGGCACGAGGCGGCGGACGCGCCCCUGGAGUCGGACGCGCGCGCCCUCGCGGAGUGGUGCGGCGGCUGCGACGUGGCGGUCGGGUCGGACGCGUGCGGCCCCACCGUCGAGCAGGCUUUACUCGGCAUCCGCGACUUUGAAGGAGGCGAAUCGCGCGUCACUACCGUCCUCCUGCCGCACGACGCGCAGCGCGACCCGCUGACGCGGCUUCGAGGCAUAGACCCGAUGGCCGAGGACGACGGCGGCUUCGAGGCGGCGCUGCGGGAGUAUCCCCCGUAUGUUGACCACGCGAAGGCGUGCGCCGCCGCGUUGAGUCGCGGCGGCGCCGCGUUAGUGAUAGGAGGCAGCGGCCUGUUUGAUGAAGAGGCGUUUGCAGCAUUACAACAGCUCGAGGCGGCGACGGGCUGCGCGCUGGUCGUGCAGAACAACUUUAGUAGGUGCGACCGGGGCGGGACGCGGCCGCGGUUCCGGCGGGUCCCCUACUUCCCGGCGGCCGCGAAGGCCUUCUUCGCCUCCUAUAAAGCGGUCGUCUGCGUCGGCUGCAAGCCGCCCGUCGCCAUGUUUGGGUACGAGGAUAACAUUUCAAGAGUCGUGGACAAUGCUCUGGAGCUGGACGCCAUGGACGUGGUCGGAGCUUUAAAUUACCUGGCGAAGCACGUGGUCCCGGGCGCGCCGGCCGCUCAAGUGCCGCCUAUGGCCCGGGGCGACAUGGAUGAAACGGGUCCCCUGACCGCGCCUGUGCUUUGCCAGGUGUUAGCUUGGCUCCAGCCCGCGGACGCGAUCGUCGUGGACGAGUCCCUGACGACCGGCGCGACCUACUGGGAUUGCAGUCUUAUUGGGGGUCUACCGUUCACACACCUCACGCUCACGGGCGGCGCCAUCGGCAGCGGCCCGUGCCUCGCAGUCGGCGCGGCGGUCGCCUGCCCUCAUCGACGAGUGGUCAACUUCCAGGCCGACGGCUCGGCGCUCUACUCGACGCCGGCGCUCUGGUGCCAGAGCCGCGAGGGCCUGGACGUGACGACGAUCAUCUGCAAGAAUGAUGCGUACAGAAUACUGGACGUCGAGCGCGCGACGCAGGGGCUCGGAAGUGGCGGUUCGAAGUCGAAGCGCCUCACGGAUUUGUCGGGCCCGGCCGUCGACUGGGUCUCGCUCGCGCGCGGCUACGGCGUCCAGGGCGUUUCCGUGAAGACGGCGGUGGACCUGCGCAUGGCCCUCGCGGAGUCGUUCCGGACGCCGGGGCCUUUCUUGAUCGAGGCAUGUAUACAGUGAUUCUUAGCACAUUGUUUGGGGGGC